AUGGAGUUUACAGUCGUGUUGGGGGCCUUGGGGAAUGUGGCUGCGGUAACACAGCUGGUCGGAAACGCGGGCGGGCUCAUCGCCAAGAUCAUUAAGGAGGCGAAGACGGCACGGCAGAACAAGGCGGAGUGCGAGCAACUCGCGAGCCGUGUGUCCACGAUCGGUGGGGUUCUGUCUCGCCUGCCGCUGGACGCGGCGGAAGUGGCGCCGCCGCUGGCCGAGCUGAAUAAGAUACUGCAGGAGGCGCACCGCCUGGUGCUGUCCUGCCAGAAGCGGAGCGCCGUCAACCAGCUCUUCAGGGCCAGCCAACGCGCCGACGAGUUCAGCAAAGUCAACGCCCGGAUCAACUCCGACAUAAAAGUCCUCAUUCUCAGCCUAGUCAUCUUCAUCGCCUACCAUGAACGGCGGCAGAACGCGCGCGAGCUCAUCUCCAAGAUAAUCAAGGAUGCGGAGACGGCUCGCCGGAACAAGGCGGAGUGCAAGCAGCUCGCGCGCAGCGUGGUCACAAUCCGUGGGGUUCUGUCUCUCCUUACGCCCGACCCGGAUGUGGCCGGGCCGCUGGACGAGCUGAACAACACGUUGGAGGAGGCGCACGAGCUGGUGGCCGGCUGCCAGAAGCGGAGCGCCAUCAGCCAGAUCUUCAGGGGCAACCGCCGCGCGAACAGGUUCAGGGAAGUCAACCUGAGGAUCAACUCCGACAUAAGCGUCCUCAAUCUCAGCCUACAUAUCGCCGACCGACGCCAGCAGUCCGAGCAAACCCUUCCUCCCAACCGUAACUACUUGUGUAGCCUGAAAUAUUGUUUUUCAGGGAUGGGGUAG